AUGUUAGACUCUGAUCCUAGUGUCAGGAGCAGUGUGCAGCUUCAUGCCGGGAGCAGCGUGGGGAAGAAGAAGAGAAGGAGAAUUGACCGCAGUAUGAUCGGAGAGCCGACAAACUUCAUCCACCUCACACACAUCGGCUCCGGAGAGAUGGCAGAGAGCCUGCAGCCGUCAGGGUCGGUUCAGGAACAGAUGAGGUCUAAAGGCCAGAACAUGAACGGCAGGAACAGCCUGUUAUAGCCGGAGUGUAUUACGACGUAGACGAGCUGACCGACCUUCUCUUUGCUCCACGACCUUCACUCCCCUCCGAGCCAACCUCCUCCCCUCCUGCCCCGCUGAAGUGCUCUUGAGCAAAGUACCACCAGCCACCCGCAGGGGGCGCCGUCCUGACCACGACAAAACAAAUCUCCCCUUUGAGGAUUAUUUCUUUCUUUAAAAUGUGACUCCUUUCGCGUAAUUUCAGCAAAGUAUUUUCUACAAGCCUCUGCAUGUGAUCCCAGAAAGGCAAGGACUACAUCUCCCAGCAUGCCUCUAAACUCCCUCUGCGUCCACAUUGUGCUUGCUCCACCGCUGACAUCAAAGAGACAUUUUUAUUAUUGAAUUUAAAAUAUACGUUUUUGGAUCGGAGUAAAAAUAAAAAUAAAUGUGUUGUUGUAUUCACCACUCGAGGUUCCCCCGUCAGUAUUAAUAAAACCGACCAAUGACAUCACUGGAGUCCAUUUCCCAGAAUGCCGUGUUAUUCGGGAUAUGCAACAAAUGACAGAAUGUCUGUAUUUAAGAAAGAAAAACUGGCUUCAAAGUGUUGCUUUAAAUUGACUACAUUUACCAGCAUUCAUAGGGAACUUUUCUCUACACCCCCCUCCCUCCCCCGUUGUUUCCUCAAUGAACUACAUUUCCCAGGAUGUUUCGCUCCUCACUCGCGCAGCUAAAGGAUUAUUAUUUUGUUUAUUAUUUGUUGUUAUUUUGGUCAUAUGACCUCAGUGAUGACAUCAUUGGACUUCAACUCCCAGGAUGCCUCACUGUGCGAUGGGAAAGUCCCCCCAGUGUGUCUGUGUGUGUGUGUGUGUGUGUGUGUGUGUGUGUGUGUGUGUGUGUGUGUGUGUGUGUGUGUGAUGUCAUAUGUUCUUAAUAUCCCACCAGUUUAAAUAUAAACGUUGCUUCGCUGAACUCUGAGGCGACUCAACACACAGUUCAAAACUUCCAUUAGAAAAUCACACGUUUAGUAAAACUUCUAUAUUUUCACUCGUACAAAGAUUUUAUUUGUCUUUCUGUUCAUUCGACGACCUAAGCUGUGGGUCGGGGCCCUAAACGGGUCUCCAGCUGACAUCUGUCAGGAGCCCUAAGAAGACAGAAGUGUGCGACUGUUUCGCUUCGGAUGCCACAUUGAGACAUUUUCAGGACUUUUGUUUAAAACAUUUCUUGUUGAAAAGGUUUCAUGCUGCAUCCUGUGGGACCAUCAAGUGUUUAACUGCUUUAUGUUUCCAGUAUUUGAACAAGAUGACGUUAUUUUUAAUUUCCUGCUGUUUUGGGUGAUUUGCUGUGAUUUCUCCUGAUGAUUUAUUUCUAUUUUGUGUUUCUUCUGUCUGGUUUCUCAACGCUCAGUUUGGGUCUCUUUCUUCAUGUGAUUUGAAGGUUUCUAAAAUUAGAGGUCGUGGGAAAGCUUAGAAAUAUCAGCUGCCAUUAGGACCAAAAACAACAACUUUGAUAUUAACUUUAAUUUAACGUGCGAUGGAUCAAAUUCCCCAAAACGUUUAAUUCCAGCACUUUAGAAAAAGCUGUAACGUGAUCUGAAGCAGAACCAACCAAACACACAAACACAGACAUUUACAUUUUAUUUAUUAAUUAAAGUGUCGCUAUAUUACGGUCUACAUAUUUCAAAGCCUUGUCUACAGUGUGAGAUAUGUAAUAUUGGUGAAGAAUAUGAAAUUUAAUUUAUUUACUUGUUUUGCCUUUAAACUGUCCGAUUUUAAAAGAUAAGUUAAAAAUAUGAACUUUCUCAAUACAACCCAAACUUUGUUCUGUUUCUAUUCUACACUUGCAGAAUAGAAACUCCUGUUUGUCAUCAAACCUCCAAAGUUACCAGAAAUAUUAGUGUGGACUCAGUUUUGUCCUUACACCAGAUUCUAUUAUCAGAACUUUAGAUUUAACUCGGACUGGACUGACACAACUAAUGCCUCAACAAAUCCACAGAAGUAUUUUAGUAUUGAUUAAAACUCUGGACUCUUCAGAGAGAGUUUUCGUUCCUCCCUCUCUGAAAGAUCGUCUGCCGUCCUGAUGUUUCAGCUGAUUUCACACCAUGUGACUCAGAUACCUUCGAUCAGCUGAUGGCGUUUAAAAUCAACAAUAGACGGCAAACAAGGAGCCGAAAACAGAAGUCACAUGAGCGAGCGUUUUGAAUCAGUCAAACAGAGACACCGGCUGUUCUUCUUCUGUGGUGUUUCUGAGGACCUGCACAAAACGCCCGCAAGUCUUUCACUAAAACGUUGUUUCUGCCGCUGACGGCUCAUCGUGUUAGUUUAAGUGUCAGACAACAUCAAGGACCCGAGAAAUACAACAUUUGCUUUACCACAAUGCGGAUGUGAGGCGAGAGAGACUUCUGCUUGAGCGAGACUUCGUGAGACACAAUGACAAACAGAAGUGUUUUAUUUCUCUGAAGCUCCAUAAUGUUGUCUGACACUUAUAAUAACAAGCUAAGUCUGUCCGGCCGGAAACAAACGUUUAUUGCAUCGAUUACGUUGCAGCUCGUUCGGCUCCUGCAGCGCUCUCUCUCACUACGGGACACUUUCACACAUAUUGUCCCUUUUCCCCGUUCCUCCACAACUCUGACUCCAUCGUUACAGAAACAUUGUCGAUUUUAUGGCGAUAAAUGUAGAAAAGGAACACAGAGAGAAAAGCUAAAGAAGGAGUAACCGAUUUUACACUUUAACAAACAACACAAAGAAACAACUAAACUUCAAAAUACAAUCUCGGCGAUGAGUCUGUCGACCUCUUCACUAAAUCUGCCUCGUUUUUCUAUUCUCAGAAACUCAGGGCGCCAAAGUCUGGCUCCUUUUGUUUAUCACAACCAUAGUUCCUCUCUUCCUCUUCCUCUUCCCCCCCCCCCCCCCCCCCCCCCCCCACAUGGGAUUCCCCUCCCGGCUUACAGUCCACCAACACUGGAGAGCUCUUUCUCUUAAACCUCCGACAGAAACAACGAGAUUCAGAGACGGGGUGGAGACAAACGCCCGAAUAUGAAAUAUUAUUUCCAUCUUGCUGUGUUGAUAAAGUCCAGCCUUCUUAUCAAGUGAUUUCUGUUUGUCAAAGAUUUAUUGAACUGUUAUUGUCUCGUGAAUAAAUGUUGCUUAGUUAGAA